GAGGCGCCCUCGAGCUGCGGCGGGGAGGCCGCGGGUCCGCCCCUCUCCUCCUCCUCCGGCGGCGCCGGCUGUGCCACAUCGGCAGCGCCAUGGAGCCGCGCAGCCGCCCGCCAGGCCCGCCGACGCCGCGAGCCCCAGGCCGCCGCGCAACCGCGCCCGCCUCGCAGCGCCGCAGCCCCCGGCGGCCGGGCAUGGCGCGGCGCUGAGCGCGAUGUGGAGCGCGGGCGCCGCCGCGCUGCAGCUGCUGUCCCGGGCCGCGAGGCAGGCGGCGGCGGCGCAGGGCGCGCGGCAGGAGCCGGGCCGCUGGCUGCCGCGGCCCGGCGGCGGGGAGGCGGCGGCGGCGCUGGGGCUGGAGCUGGAGCCGGAGCCGGAGCCGCAGGCGCUGCCGCCCGGCGAGCUGCUGCUGUGCGCGCUGCCCGAGGCGGGCGGCGACGGGCCCGGGGCCAGGACGUGGCGCUGCUCGUGCUGCCUGCUGGGCACCUGCUGGUGCAAGAGCUGCGUGAGCGCCUGCGUGCUGGCGGCGCUGGGCUUCGCCUCGCUGGCCCUGCUGCGCCAGUCGCUGCGGGACCUCCUGCUGUGGGCCGAGAGCCUGGACGGCCUGGCCGGCGCGCUGCUCUUCACCCUGGGCUUCAUCCUCGUCUCCUUCCCGUGCGGCUGGGGCUACAUCCUGCUCAACGUGGCGGCCGGCUACCUGUAUGGCUUCGUGCUGGGCAUGGGGCUCAUGGUGCUGGGUGUGCUGGUGGGCACCUGUGUGGCCCACGUGGCCUGCAAGCGGCUGCUGGCCCGCUGGGUGCAGGCGCGCAUCCAGGGCAGCGAGCGGCUCGGUGCCGUCAUCCGUGUGGUGGAGGGAGGCAGCGGGCUCAAGGUGGUGGCCCUGGCCAGGCUCACGCCCAUCCCUUUCGGGCUGCAGAACGCCGUCUUCUCGAUUACAGAUCUGUCAUUGCCCAACUAUCUGAUGGCUUCUUCAGUUGGACUGCUUCCUACUCAACUCCUAAAUUCCUACUUGGGUACUACCUUACGUACCAUGGAGGAUGUGAUUGCAGAACAAAGUGUUAGUGGCUAUUUUAUAUUUAGUUUACAGAUUGUUAUAAGCAUAGGCCUCAUGUUUUAUGUUGUUCACCGAGCUCAAGUGGAAUUGAAUGCAGCAAUUGUAGCCUGUGAGAUGGAGAUGAAGACCUCUCUUGUUAAAGGCAGUCAACCAAACAUCAGUGGUUCCACAACGUUCUGCAACAAGAGGACAGUAGCAUUUUCUGGGAAUGGGGUCAAUAUUGUGUGAUUUAAAGUAUUAAUAAAGUAAGGUUUUGUGAACCUAAGCUAUUGCCUAGAAAUGUCUAUGGACAAAAAGUAGAUUAAAAACAUUUCUAAAUGGUUACAGAUUGUACUGUGGCACAGCUCAACUGACCAGUUCUUAAAUUGCACAAGGGGGUGAUUCCUAGCAAGGAACAAGAGAUUAAGUAACUUUAAAUGCAAAUUUGGCUGCACCUUUUGUCAUGGCCUGUAGGCUGCACUUUAGGUUUUGUUUUGUGUUUUGCUCCUAUAAACUGAGACAAAUAAUCAGAGGUAAAUAUUUUUUCUGUUUAGCACUAUUUAUAAGGCUGAAUAAUUAUAUACAGUAGAACUUUAUUACUGAUAAGGAUGAAUGAGGAAGAAGUAUGCAGUUCAGUAUACAAUACUCUUGAAUGUGCUUUGCUUUGGAAAUAUUUCCAGAAAUGAUAUAGUGUAUUAUUUUGCUAAUUAUGGGACCAUUUGGCUUCCCUUCCAUUUUUUUAGUUUAAAAAAGAGGACCCUAUAUAAAUUUUUGGUUGAAUGUAUUUUUGUAAAUCAUUGAAAUGUUGCAGAGCCAUUCGUACAUAUUCACACAAGCUUAAAUCCUACAUUGUGGGACUGAAGUGCUCUUAAAUAACAUGUUAAAGUUACACGUAUAAUAUGCAAAGUAAAAGGGAAACUAUAGAAGAUGUAAUAGAUUGUGGUGAAUAGCACUACUUGAGGGAGAAUUCAUGUAUUAACUGUUGUAUUGGCUUACCAACCCUUACAGAUGUGCAACAAAAAGGGCUGUUCCAUGGCAAUCCUAUUUAUGAAUAUUUUUAAAGAUUUAUUUUAGGAAUGGAUUAUGUGUUCACAUUCCACGAUUCACAUAAUAAGGCACUCAACUGAAAGUCAAAUCUCUCACUUAAACAAGUGUUGGGAAAUGAGCAGUAUGGGUCUUACACUAAGGUGGCCUUUAUUUUUAUUUUUUUUAUAGCUGUGAAGAUCCUUUCUUUUUUUCCUUUUUAAACAGCUUUAAAAAUUAACCUAAAUCCAGUUGAUAUGUUUUUUGGUUUUCCUUCAAGUUUCACAUUUUAAGGUUUAAACUAGUGUGUAUUUAACUGCCAGGAAAAAUGAAAUUUGAAGAAAAAACUCAAAUUAAUGGAAGAGGACAACACUGUUUGUGGGACUUAGGGGAACUCUAAAAACUGUACUCGAAUUAUUGGACAGUAGUCCUUUUAUGAGUGCUGUGGAUUGUUCCUCAGUGUGUUAGAUGGACUGGAUAACCUGAUAAUGCUUGUGUGUGUAGGUACAUUGCUUUUUUGCUGUAUGCAUAUUUGUAUGUGUGAGUUUCAUACUGUAGAUAUGCAUAUAAACACUCCUCAACUGUCUCAAUCAGCUACAUGGUAACUGACACAAAAAUAGUUUUAGUUCAUUUCAAAAAUAUAUUUGUAAUUAUUUUGUUCUGGACUGCAAAAAACGUUUAUGAUCUUUUAAAGAUUUUUGUGUUAGAAUCUAACGGGUUACGAGAGUGACUCCUUUUUGUAAGGCUGUUCUUAGGAUCCAUGCUUUUUUGCCUGUGCUAGCUGUAGAAAUCAAGAACCUUCGAAGUAGUCAGGAAGCAAAGAUUUGAUAGCUUUUUAACAAUCUUAUAGUGAGGAUGUAUCAUAUUUAUAUGACUUGAAACCCUUCUCCAUUUGCCAGUAAUUGCAAGUCAAAUUACUAUCUUUAAAUAUGUAAGCAUCCUUUGUUAGACCCCUCUUCUUGGGUCUUGUGACCUCAGGAGCGGAACUAGCAAAAUGAAAUAGUGAAGUUCAGAAUGUCUUUUAAAGAGACAAUCGGCAUGUACGUGGAGGUGUGGGUUUGCACAUCUCAGCCUCCAACAAUUGCGUUCCUUUUUGGUACGAAAACGGAGAGAACUGGGUUACUUUUUGGUGGUGUUUGUCAUCAGAUGAUGGUUGAUCCCUUUACUAACUAAACUUUUUUUUCAGUGAAUAAUCCCAGUUAAAGAACUGAUGUGAACUUUGCUCUUUUUUGGCUGAACCAACAAAGAUGUAUUUGGGGAGGGGUGGGGGGUGGGGAUGUCUUUGUUUGUUUAACUAACUAAAACUAGUAUUGAUUGUUCAGACACAUUUCCCAAAUAUGUAUUUUGAAGUGCUUUUUAUUUCCAUAACAUUUUGUAACCAGAGUAACUUCACUAUGUGAACACUUUUUGUAGUAUGGAAUUAGUUCUUACAAUUUUUUGCAUUUUGGUUGAUACUUGUAAUACUUGUGUACAGGUUAAUGGGGAAAUAUGCAUUAAGAAGAACUUUUUCUGUAUCAUGCCAAUCAUAAUUUUAUACAAUAAAUUCACUCAAUUUCUUUAAAGAAAA